AACAAAACCCCUUUAUUUAAAUUUAUUUAAAGCUGAAGACCAAAAGACUUGAAAAGGGCUCUCCCUUACGAAAUUGCUAUAGUUUUAUUUAAAGCUGAAGACCAGAAGACUUGAAAAGGCACUCGUAACUCGUGAGUCCAUCACCACAGUGAUUCGGUGAAGUGAGAAUACUAAAAUUACAAAUCCACGCAACGCAACCUGUGGAACUGGGGAACCUCCUCUCUACCCGCUCUCGUCCUCGUCGGAGAUCCGCCAUGGCCGGCAAUCCCGCAACUACCUCCUCCUUAGAUUCUCGCGAGAAAUUGAAUUUCUCCUCCGAUUACCCGACUCGAAUCCCCCUCACUUCGGAUCAGGUCAAGUACUGCACCGAAGCGCUCUCCUUGUUGAAGGAGAAGCUCCACACUCCUCGCAGGAUCGCCCAAGAGUUUGCGCACUUGCAGGCGAAUAGGAUAACACCAAGCGAGAUGAGGAGAAGAUGCACCGUAGCUCUUGAUGCUGUUAAUUUGAGCAAAAACAGAUACACUGACGUUUUACCAUUUGAUACGAACAGGGUUGUUCUUAAAUCAAGUACAGAUUAUAGACCUGCAGCACUGGGGUAUAUCAAUGCAAGCUUUGUCUCGACCUCAUCCCCUGGAAUUGUAUCCCAGUUUAUAGCCACACAAGGCCCGCUGCCACACACUUAUGAGGAUUUCUGGGAAAUGAUUAUGCAGUAUCACUGCCCUGCAAUUGUGAUGCUUACUCGAUUGGUCGACAAUGAGAAGAUGGUUAAGUGUGGAGAUUAUUUUCAAUCUGAGGAUGGACCUAGAGAAUUUGGUAAUAUCUCUAUUAUCAGUAAAUGGAUGAAAACUACUGAAAAUUCACUGGUGCUGCGCCAUUUAGAGGUGAACCAGAGAGAGGUAGAAGAUACACCACUGUCUGUUUUGCAUAUUCAAUAUCCUGAAUGGCCUGACCAUGGAGUUCCCAAAGAUACAUUUGCUGUGCGUGAAAUUUUGAAAAGAUUAUACCAAUUACCACCAAACCUUGGCCCUAUAGUGGUGCACUGCAGUGCAGGUAUUGGUAGAACUGGAACAUACUGCGCAAUUCACAACACAAUUCAGAGAAUACUUGCUGGUGAUAUGUCUGCUGUAGAUAUUGCUGAUACAAUAGCUGUGUUUAGGUCCCAGCGUAUUGGAAUGGUUCAGACCCAGGAUCAGUAUAUUUUCUGCUAUGAAGCUAUCAUAGAUGAACUGGAAGACCUUGUAUCUCAACAUUAACGAGGAGGUGCUGGACCAAAGGAUGUUAAGCUGCUGCAACUUUCAAUUCCUUCAUUUUCCAUUUGGGUCCUGCAAUGCUUAUGUCUCCUGGAAGCUGAUUUUGUAGCGUUAGCAUUCUGGGGAUUUUAUGAAUUUCACUGAACUCAUGUUUAUCUCAAACUUUCAUGUGUAAUUGCAGGCAGGGGAUAGGUAACAAAUAUCAGCGUCGUUUUCAUUAUAGGGGAAAAGAAUUAUCAUGUUAUAGGAGAUUUAUUUCUCCUACUAGUGAUACAUCGAAAUGUGUGCAACAAUUUUUUUUAUUUUUGUUUUUUAAUGCGAGGUGGGACCCAUCAUAUCUUGUAUUCAUAGUAAGAGAAAAAAUUCUCAUACAACAUGAGAAAAAAAAGAGGGACCCUUCAUUAUAUUACUAUAAUUAUGUUGGGGAACAGAAGGGCAUAAUUACUACAACAAUCUAAUUUCCAUUGUUCUC